AUGACAACAACUGCUGAAACAAUUGACGCGAAGACCACAUCGGGAAGAGUGAGGGGUCGAGUGGUUGUGGCGCUCAACACAACUCUAUACCAAUUUCAAGGCAUACCAUACGCUGAGCCACCCAUCGGUGCGCUCAGAGUGAGGGGUCGAGUGGUUGUGGCGCUCAACACAACUCUAUACCAAUUUCAAGGCAUACCAUACGCUGAGCCACCCAUCGGUGCGCUCAGGUUUGCUAAACCCAAACCCAUUCAUAAGCCACGAAAAGAUAUAAUAGACGCCACAAAACCGGGAAACUCUUGUUUUCAAAAGAAAUUUUUAAUUUUUCCCGAAGUAUUAAAUCAAAGUGAAGACAGUCUUGUGCUAAACAUAUGGACACCAACUCUACCCACAGAUAUUUCAAACAAAACAUCACUCAAACCGGUUAUGUUUUAUAUAUACGGCGGCGGACUUAGCAUUGGGACCAUUGAUCUAUACAACGGCGCACCACUGGCCACACACGACGUGGUAUUUGUGGCCCCAAACUAUAGGUUGGGUUACUUUGGUUUCCUAUACGGGGAUCGGGAGGACGCGCCCGGAAAUGUGGGCUUUUAUGACCAGUUGUUGGCUCUUAAAUGGGUUAGAGAAAACAUCCACUCUUUUGGAGGAGAUAGGGAUCAGAUCACCAUUUUUGGGAUGAGUGCCGGCAGUUGGUCCGUAUCGGCGCACAUACUCUCCCCGCUAUCUAAAGGCCUAUUCAAGAGGGCUAUAAUGGAAAGCGGAGCCCUUCUGUUCAAUGAGGACAGGGAUGUGAUCACUAAAGCCGAGGCUAUAGAAGAAGGCAAACGUAUCGCCAAAGAGUUGGGUUGGAGUGAAGACAUGGAUUGGAUUCAGUAUUUAAGGACAGUUGAGGCCAAGGAUUUGACUGAAAAAGCAAAACCAAUUACAUUCCCGGUAUUGGGCACUGAGUUUUUACCACUUUCUGCUCAAAACGCGUUUCAUACAAAUCAAUAUUAUUCCGACAUUGAUUUAAUGGCUGGCGUUACUAGUAAUGAGGGUUCAAACCUCACAAAGCUAUUCAUAGCACCGGAUAAAGAGGUUUAUACUUUGGAUGACUUUGUGUCGGGAGUUAAGGCGACGGACGACAUGCUUCACAACAUUGAUGUUCAGAAAGUGAUGGACUAUUACCUGAAAGAUGUGGACACGAGUAGUACACCGGCUCUGAAGCGAGCGUUUUAUCAAUAUUUGGGCGAUUUAUUGAUUAAAUACCCGACAUAUCUAUUCGCCCGACAAAUGGCCACAACUGUUGGCAAUCGGCAUAACAUAUACUUCUAUGAACUCUCAUAUCAAAGUCAGUUUUGCGCAAAGAUUUUUCAAUGCGAUGACGAGGAGUCAGCGAUUGGACACGGAAUGGAUAUACCGUGUGUUUUGGGCCAACCAUUUGUUGAUGAAAUGGUAGACUUCUUUGAUGAAACCGAUCGCCAGUUCAGUCGAGAUGUAAUGCGAAUGUGGACUAACUUUGCAAAAUACGGCAAACCGGACGACAAAUGGCCGCAACUGUUGAGUGAUCCGAAUGUACCGAAAGUGAAGGAUUUAAACCCCGACUCAAACCGACGCCCACUUCAAGACCCGUACGGACAAUGCCUUACAAACUUUUGGAAAUCAUAUUUUUAA